UGUUAGUGAACGAGUGUGGAACAAAAUAAAAUGAUGUGAACAAAACCGCGGCAAAUAGUGCAACAAUUAAAGUCUCUAUUUUUUAUGUUGUGUUCAAAUCGUAAUUUAGUAAUUAUUACGGGUAGUGGCACAGAGCGAUUUGAAGAGAAUCUCUCACCGUAGUCAAGUAAAUUGAAACGAAAGUUAACCAAACUCAUGCAAAUAUGAACUCGUUAAAUUGGAAUUUCAUUCAAUAUUCAUAAUUGCGAGUUUAUAUCGUCAAUUUCAAGAAAGCGGCUGAUGUCGAUAGUGAUAGUAAAAGUUGUUGCGUUAGUGAAGUGUAUAGUAAAACAGGAAAGAUAGAACAACAACAAAGUGUCUCAAUAAGGUGUCAAUACAAAGUGAAAACAAAACAAGAUGACGUCGACUGAAUCGGCGACGCCAGUGUGGAAGGAGGCGAAUAGCAAACGUGCUUUCGGGAUUGCAAAAUGCAAUUUCGAUCAGGAAGAUAAGCCACAUCGUUUGAGUCUGGAUGUGGGCGAUUCGGUUGUGAUACUGAAGGAGACAACACAUUGGUAUUAUGGUUACAAGCAGAGGCAUAAAGAACAACGCGGCAUAUUUCCGAAAAGCUACAUACAUCUGAGCGAUUACACAAUCAUCAACGGCGAGUACUGUAUCAAGCGUACAGAGAUCGUCGAGGAAAUCACCAAAGUUCUCUUGGAAUGGGGCUCUAUAUUGAAACAGUAUUUUUUGAUCACACAUCGUGACUUCAAUUCCAUACGCGCAAAAAUGAUCGAGUUGAAUAAUAAUCGCGCACUGCUCAUAUCGGGCAAUUUGCCUUUGGACGAGAUGCGUAAAGUGAAGCUGAUGGCCACAUCGCAAAUCGACACAGGAAACAGUCUGCUGGGCUUAGAUAUGGUGGUGCGCGAUGAGAACGGCGACAUAUUGGAUACGAAUGCGAUAUGCACAACGGAAUUGUAUGAGCAUCACAUGAAUGCGCAGGAUCGCAUUUUCAAAGCGAACCGUCCGCAAACAAUUCAACGUUCACCACGCCCACUCAACAAAUACUCGCACAACAUAUUGCUGCAUGUGAACGCCUUCGUGUGCAAGUUUCAAGAGGACUCCGAUCUGCUCUUCACACUAUUCGAUGGUGAAUCACACAAGCCGAUAAGCGAAAAUUAUGUCGUCAAAUGGUCGCGCACCGGCAUUGCACGUGAUAUCGAUCAAUUCGAUAAUAAUCGUGUACUCUUCACCGAUCUCAGCAAAACCGAUCUGAAUAUACCGAAAAUGUAUCUGGUUUGUUAUGCGAUACGCAUUGGUGCCAUGGAAAUGAAGGAGCAUGACUCGAAACGAGCCAGUAUAACCACAGCAAUGCUAACGGCAUCAAGUAAAAAGCACUCACAACUCUCGAUCAGUUCGAGUGGUUCGUUCAAUAGCACCGAGUAUAUAAUGCGGCGACCAUUUGGUGUCGCCUGCAAAGAUCUCACCCCCAUAUUACAUAAGCCGGAAGACUUCCGUGGCAAUUUGGAUUUGCCAUUCAUGUUGUGCGAAAAGGACACGCUAGAUGGCACGCUGCGCAAAUUGAUCGCUAAUAAGGAUAUCGGCAAGAUCGAUUCGAAAAUGGCCGUCACCAUUGAGGUGUUGCAGGGCGAUAUUAAACAGAUCAAAGAGGAUUUUCCACGUUUGCUACACACAAAUGUGCCGUUAGCGCGUAAAAUGGGUUUCCCCGAGGUAAUAUUGCCCGGCGAUGUACGUAACGACUUGUAUUUGACGCUUUGUGGUGGUGAAUUCGCGCGCAUUGCGAAAACAUCGGAAAAGAAUGUCGAGGUGACAGUGUAUGUGUGCAAUGAACAGGGACAAGUGGUGCCCGGUGUGAUGAGCAUCGGCGCGGGGCAUCCACCCAUUGAUGAAUACAAAUCCGUGGUGUAUUAUCACGACGAUAAGCCGAAGUGGCUGGAAACAUUCAAGAUACAUGUGCCGAUAGACGAAUUCAAGCAGUGCCAUCUGAAAUUCAUUUUCAAACAUCGCAGCUCCAACGAACAAAAGGACAAAUCGGAGAAGCCUUUCGGCUUGUCGUAUGUGAAGCUGAUGCAGGACAACGGCACGACAAUCCUGCAAGGCCAACACAAUCUGGCCGUAUACAAGAUGGACCACAAAAAGUAUGAUAAGAACAAUGCCAAUGUUUACAUGGAAUUGCCUUCGACGGUUGGUGAAUUGCAGGGCACCAAGCCAUCGCUGGGUGGUUUGUCGCUGUUUCCCAAGGAUCAACUCACAAUUUGCGUUAAUCUCUGCAGUACAAAACUGACACAAAGCGUGAGCCUCUUGGGUUUGCUAAAUUGGUCUGCGCAUAAGGAAACACUGGAGGAGUCCUUGAAUGCGCUUUCGAAUGUGCCCGGCGAAGAAGUGGUGAAAUUUUUGCAGGACAUACUCGACGCUCUAUUCAAUAUUUUGGUUGAAAAUGACGAUCCCGAACGCUACGAUCAGUUGGUCUUCAUGAGUAUUAUACACUUAAUCGAGACCGUAUCCGAUCUGAAAUAUCAACAUUUCCUCACGGUAUUGGAUGUGUACAUAAAUGAGAGCUUCUCAGCGACGCUGGCUUAUAGUAAACUAAUUAAUGUGCUGCAAAAGAACAUCCGCGAAGCCAUCGAACCCAAAGAAAAGUCAGCCGAUGGCAUUGAGAUCGAAGAGCGCGUAGAGGUGAAGCGUCUAUAUAAGACCACCAGAUAUCUGCAUUAUGUUAUCAAGUUCGUUAUACGUUCACGUGUGCUCUUCGCGGCCAUCAAUGGCAAUUCGGAUUAUGAUGAUUUUGCCAAUAAGCUACAUGAACUGCUGGAGAUGUUUAUCAAAAUGAUUGCCUGCCCCACCGAUUUGUUGAAGUCCGAAGGCGCUUUGCUCAAAAAUUUGCACAUCAUUGCCACGGAUUUGAUGGCGGUGUUCGACGAAGUGCGUCUAAGUAAUGUGAUUGUCAAUAUCUUGCGCCAAUUCCCACCGCGUCGCCUGACACAGUCCAAAAUGGGUUGCAUCAAGGACUUUGUCGAUUCCAAACUGUUUCUCUCGCCGGACUGUCGCGCCGUGCUACUGCCCGUCUUUUGCAAUCACAUCAAAGAUCGGCUCGAGAGCAAGGAAGAGGGUGACUCGAAAUCUGAUAUAUGGCAACAAGAAAAGAAUCUCUCGAAAGCAGCUAAAGUCCUCGGACAGUUAAAAUCACAUCUGCACACGCGUGAAACAACUGCCAAACAAAAGGUUAACGAAUGCAUCGUCAUCAUGAACAAUAUACUGCGUCUGCUGUACCGCAAGGACAUCGGCAAGACACACAACGAUGUGCGCGACAUAAUGCUCAUCCUGCUGCGCACCAUAAUCAAAACCUCGCACGCACUCGAUCGCGAAAAUCAAUUGGUUGGCAAUUUGGUGGCCAUCAUGUUGGGCAUACUGCAGCGCAUGGAUGCGGCACAUUACGAAAUCUUCGUAUGGCAUUUGAACAGUCGCUUCGAGCUGCAGGACUUCAUUAUCGAAAUAUUGCUCGUUUUCGAGGAGCUCGUGUCGCCACAUCAGAAGCCAGUAUUUUCGCGUGAUUGGAUGGAUAUGAUUAUGCAUCAGAAUACCGUUAUAUUGCGUUCAUUACAACACAUAUCGGUUGUGAUCAUCGAUCACUUCUUCGAUCCAUUCGAGAAGCAAGUCUGGUCGAAUUUCUUCCAAUGCUCGAUAGCAUUCCUCAUACAAUCACCGUUACAAUUGAACGAUUUCAACGAUAAUAAACGACAAAUCAUAUUUGCACGUUAUCGUGAUAUACGCAAGGACACAGCGCAAGAGAUACGCAAGAUGUGGUUCCAAUUGGGCGAACACAAGCCGAAAUUCGUGCCACAACUAGUGGAGCCGAUACUCGAAAUGAGUAUGAUACCCGAGGUGGAAUUGCGCAAGGCCACCAUACCGAUAUUUUUCGAUAUGAUGCAGUGCGAGUAUUACAGCUCGAAAAUGCUGCCGAACAGCUACGGCGAUACGAAACGCAACAAUGCGCAUUACAAAGCGAACUUUAACGAAUUCGAAACGGAAAUGAUUGAGAAGCUCGACAUAUUAAUCGGAGCAGGCAAAGGCGACGCCGAGUACAAAGAUCUCUUCCACAGCAUACUGCUGGAGAAAUGUCAGGCGCACAACACGCUCAACAUAGAGGGCACCAAAUUCGUGAACAUGGUGACGAAACUCAUUGAACGUCUGCUCGAGUAUCGCUGCAUCAUACAGGACGAGAGCAAAGAGAACCGCAUGGCUUGCACAUUUUCGCUCUUACAAUUCUAUUCGCAAGUGAAUCGCAAAGAGAUGUACAUACGUUAUGUCUACAAGCUGUGCGAUCUACAUAUGGAGUUCAACAACUGCACCGAGGCGGCCUUCACGCUCAAACUACACACUGAAUUACUGCAGUGGAACGAUACCGAGUUGUCGCCACUCUUGCGCUCACACCGCCAUACGGCAUGUCGCACGCAUCGCGAGCUCAAAGAGGCGCUCUACUAUGAAAUCAUCGACUACUUUGACCGCGGUCUGAUGUUCGAAUGCGCCAUCGAUAUGUGCAAAGUGCUGGCGCAGGAGUACGAGAAUGAAAUCUAUGACUAUUUGAAGUUGGCCAAACUCUUGGUCAAGAUGUCGCAAUUCUUUGAGAAAAUAUUGAAAGAAUUUCGCCACACUUCGGAGUAUUUCCGUGUCUGCUUCUAUGGUUUGGGCUUUCCGCGCUUUCUACAGAAUAAAGCCUUUAUUUUCCGUGGUGAGAACUACGAGCGUUUGAGUGAUUUUUGCUCGCGCAUUUUAGCGCAACAUCCACAAGCGGAGCUCAUGCAGACGCUGGAGUUGCCGGGUGAGGAUAUAACGCAGGCCGACGGACAAUUCAUACAGGUGAACAAAGUGGAGCCGGUAAUGAAUGAGAAUUGCACCAAAUUCGAGGGCAAGAUGGUGUCGAGUGAAAUCGUUAAGUAUUUCACAUCGAAUAAUGUGCAAAAGUUCCAGUUUUCAAGACGUUGCGAAAGCAUUGGCGGCGGUCCGGAUGAUGUGCGCAAUUUGUGGCUAGAAAGGAUAGUGAUGACGACAAGCUUUCCGCUGCCGGGCAUACUCCGCUGGUUCCCCGUAACGGAAACAAAGAAAUUCAAAAUUUCACCAAUCGCUUUGGCCAUUGAAACAAUGAAAAAGACCAAUAAGGAAAUACGCGAUCUGAUUAUCGAACAUCGAAACGACGAAACAUUGGAUAUAAAAACGUUGAGCAUGAAAAUCACCGGCAUUGUCGAUCCAGCCGUGAUGGGCGGUUUCAGCAAGUAUGAGAAUGCUUUCUUGACUGACGACUAUUUGGAGGAUCACCUAGAUGAUAGGCAUCUGGUUGAGGAGUUAAAGGAUCUUAUCGCUUCCCAAAUACCGCUACUCGAGAUCGCCAUUACGCUGCAUAAACACCGCGCACCGGACACUUUGAAACUCUUCCAAGAGCACAUGGAGCAAUGUUUCGCUGACAUGCAGGCGAAUGUGGAGGGCAAAUAUGGCAAGAAGACUUGUGACUUGAAGUUGGAUCGCGAGUCGGUGAUUAUGCGUCGCAAUGGUUCCUUUUUGCCUGGCAUGUUUGAGGGCAACAAUCGCUUGUCAGAGACAAGCAUGGGCUCUUCCGAUAGCGGCUUGUCGAAAUCUACUUCCUCGGCACGACCACAAACCAGUUCGAUAAAAUCAACAUUCGCGUUUAAUUUCAGUCAAAGACCUAGCCUCGGCCAUUCGCCCAGUACAAAAAGCAAGUCUAAAGAGAAAACGCCCUCAAAACGGCGCUCAAUGAAAAAGUUGGAUCGUGAAACGUUAAGUUUACCAGUAGCCAACAGCAAAUUUUAUACACAACCGUUGUCAACCAUAACCUCAACGCCCGAACGGGAAUCAAUAACUUCAAUAGCAUCUAUAACAAGCGCAUCAAAUACUUCCUUGACAGCCAAAUCGCCGGAUCCAAAAGUGUUGACACAAGAGUUAACGACAAAGCGUCCAUUACGCUCAGAGAAAGAAAAGGAACGUCGCAUGUCACGUCCUGCCAGUAUAGCUACACCCACAACCGGCAUGAAGGGAUUCUCCAGUACAGAUGUGCACUCGCUGUCAGGAGCUGACAGCAGUAAUCGGAAUUCAGUUGAUACAACAGAUUCCACAUCGGAGGAGGAUCUCAUACCGCCACCACUACCAGCAAAAACACGUGACUCCACUGAUUUUAGCAGUUUUACUUACAGCAUGGACUUCCCCAUACCGCUUGUUGGUCCCUACACACAAACCCUCGUGACGACCACGACGCAACACACCAGUAUUUCAAAUAGCUCUUACGAAUAUGUGGAGGCCAAAAAUUUCGUGCUUACUGAAAAACGGCCACCAACACCGCCACCAAAACCCUCGCGCAAUAGCAAACACAUUCCAUAACUUGUGGCUGGGCAAGCAAUUAUGUAUGUAUGACGUCCGAGUCCUGCUAAACGCGAAAGCGAAAAUAUUUAAAAAGUAAUACAAAGCAGUAAAGUAAUUAACGCUGUGAAAGUGAAGCCAUAAUCAAAAUUGAUAUUUGUGUGCGUGUGAUUGAGUCAUUGAUUGCUUGGCGGCUGCCGAUUAAAAAUAAGUGGUCAGUUGCCAGGCAUACACCUGUAGAGCGCGCGCUGAGAAGAAGAGUAAGAACAAUGAAGCCCGAACUAAAGGAAUUGAUGCGCUAACGCAGCAAUACAAAUAAAUAAGUGCCAAAAAUGUAAUUUAAAUAAAAAUCAUAAAUAAUUGUUUGGGUGUUGGCGUGCCUUUUGUCUGCCCGACAACCAUGUACAUAGCAACGAGCGCAAACGAGCGUGCGCUGGCACUCAUUUGCCAAGCACACACACACGCAUACUUUUGUGAGAACAAAACGAAAGCGUUUAGCGUUGAUAGCAGCAAUAUAUAUAUGUAAUUUAAUAUAGUUAACGAUAUUAAGUUAUUUCAGAGUUUUUAUUGAACUUUGCGUUUCAGUUGUACAAACGUUUCGGCUUGAGAAAAUUUCUUUAGUUAUAACUACUUGUCUUCCUAACUUAACUAAAUGCACAUAUAGGCAAGUAAGUCUUAUUUACUUUACAUAUAUAUGUAUAUGUAUAUAAUAUACAUGUGUAUAUGCAUAUUUAUAUGCAUUUUAUUUAUUCUUUUUAUAAAUUAAUUUAAUUGCAUGCCAAUUAGGCACUUCGCUGCGUACAAAGUGCUCAUCACAGCUGAGUUCAUAAUAAUUUCGCCGUGAACUUUUAAUAUGUUCGUGUCUGUAUUUAUGUCUGCAGCAAUUAUGAUUUAAUUAGUUAUAGUAAAACGACCACCAUGAGCCAAUUAAAGGUUUCAAA